AUGAAGGUCUCCUCUUUUAUGGAGCACAUUGACCGCCUUAAGGAGGAGUUUACCUUCAUGCACAAUCAGUUGCAACAACAAAGAAAUGAGCUGGAAAAACUGAAUGCCGAAAAAGAGAACAUGCAACGUCACUACAUGUUGUACUAUGAAUUUCAGUGCGGAAUGAACAUGGAAAUUCAAAAGCAGAGUGAACUUUGUAAACGAUAUACAGCUAUUAUCACACAGCUUCUCCCAUUCCUGCCACCCGAGCACGCUCAGCAAGCAGUAACCGCGAUGGAACGAGCAAAACAGAUAUCGGCGCAAGAAGUCGGUCAAUUAAUGCAAUCAAACGCUCAUUCACAACAAAUGGCUGCAAUGAUGCCUACAAUAGCUGGUUUGCCGGGUGCACUUGGCAUGCCUCCUGUUGGUUUUCAACAAGCCCUAGCUGCCGCAGCGAUGGGAGCUGCUCAUCGAGUGCCUGAAGCCAGCUCCUCCACAGCCCCUCCGGAUAGGCAUGAUCAGCCCAGUAGACAGUCAAGCUCGCGUCCUCGCUCAAUUUCUCCUAAUGGUUCAACAUCAAAACGGAUGAAAGUUGAAGAAGAGCCAGACGGAGACGGCGAAUUGGAAAUUGAUGUGCAAAAUGAUGAUGCCGGCGGCGCUGGACACUCAAACGGUACUAGUAGUGCCCCGCCUUCCUCUCUCAAAGUUCCAAAAGCAGAUGGAAGGGAUUCUACGAAUAGCGUAGCUUCAAGUGGUGCCAGCACUCCCGGUCCUAAGGCACGGAAUCCACUGGAACAAAUGGGUCUUCCUGGCGGGGUCUUUGGUAAUCUAGGCAUGAAUAUGAAUCCACUCGCAGCAGCGUUUAGUCGCGGUGGACUACCUCCGAUAUUUGAUCAACAUGCUCAGGCUCGAAUGGCAGCCGGCAUGGGUAUAGGAGGCCCUGCAGGAGGACUUUUGAACGGAAAACCUGCAUAUUCGUUCCGCACUGUUGAUGGUGGUGUAUUGCAACCAACAGUGUUUCCUAGUGAUGCUUUCAAUGCCCCUGGAAUACCAAAAAGUGUCAACCGGAAGUUCGAACUUCCUCACGGAGAGGUCGUUUGUGCUGUGACUAUUGCAAAAGAUAACCGAAGUGUAUACACGGGAGGUAAAGGAUGUGUGAAGAUAUGGGAUAUAACUCGCCCGUUGGAGAAUUUGCGAACUCCUGUUUCUACGUUAGAAUGUCUCCAAGGAAACUAUAUUCGGUCAUGCAAACUGUCGCCCGAUAGCUCGAGUCUCAUUGUUGGAGGAGAGGCAAAUAUAAUCACGAUAUGGGAUUUACAGACGGGCACAAUUCGCACAGAACUUGACAGCGAAUCGCAAGCAUGCUACGCUUUAGCUCUUUCCCAUGAUCACAAGUUGUUGUUUGCGUGCUGCGCCGAUGGAAACAUCGUGGUUUGGGAUAUUGAAUCAAGAACUAAGGUCACAUCUCUACCAGGGCAUCAAGAAGGUGCUUCUUGUAUCGAUCUCUCCUCAGAUGGAACUCGUCUUUGGACUGGAGGUUUAGAUAAUACUGUCAGAACAUGGGACCUCCGAGAACGACGGCAAUUAAGUCAAUUCGACUUUCCAAGCCAGAUCUUCAGUCUUGGGUGUUGUCCAACAGAGGACUGGGUAGCAGUUGGUAUGGAAAACAAUAACGUAGAGGUGUUGAAUACCACGCGGACGGAAAAAUACCAACUACAUCAGCAUGAAUCGUGUGUAUUAUCGCUGAAGUUUGCCCAUUCUGGCCGGUGGUUCGUCUCAACGGGAAAAGACAAUGUGUUGAAUGCGUGGAGGACCCCAUAUGGCGCGUCAUUGCUUCAGGCGAAGGAAUCGUCGUCGGUGCUGUCCUGUGACAUCGCUAGUGAUGACUCCUUGAUCGUGACAGGGUCAGGUGAAAAGAAAGCGACUGUUUAUGAGGUGACCACGUACAGUUGA